AUGAUAAUAUUCUCUUUUACAUUUGAAAAUAAUGUUUAUGAUGUUUUAUUACAAGAAGAAUUACCUAUCGGCUCAAUUGUUUAUGAUUUAAAUAAAUUACCACAACAACAAAAUAAACUAUUAACAUAUCAAUUACUUGAAUCAUCAUCAUUAUUCACAUUUAAUAGUACAACAAAUUUAAUAAUUAUUUCUAAACGUAUUGAUCGUGAUACACUAUGUCCAAAUGAUGAAAGUUGUAAUUCUUGUAUAUUUAAAAUAAAACUCUAUGAUAUGAUAAAACAUUCAAUUAUUUUAUUAAAUGUUAAUAUUCAAGAUAUAAAUGAUAAUUCACCUAUUUUUAGUUCAAAUUUAUAUUCUGUUCAAAUAACUGAAAAUAAUAUGCCAGGUAUUAAAAUUCGUCUAAGUAAAGCCGAUGAUAGUGAUUGUUCACAAUUGAAUGGUGUUCAAUUUUAUGAAUUAAAAUAUAAAAAAAAUGAAAAUUUUAUAAUAUCAUCUAUUAAUAUUCAUUAUCAAGAAGUCAAAAAUAAUGAUAAUCAUUUUUUUUAUCUAUUCUAUGAUUCAUUUGAACUAUAUCUCGUUGUUAAUAUGAGUCUUGACCGUGAAUUACAAAGUGACUAUAAAUUUACUAUAACAGCCAAUGAUAGUUUACAUUCAACAUCAACGGAUUUAACACUCAUCGUUCUCGAUGUUAAUGAUCAUAAUGCAAGAUUUUCUCAAUCAGUCUAUUCUGUUAAUAUAUCGGAAACAACACCGUCAGAAACAAUUUUAUUAAAAUUAGAUGCAUUUGAUUCGGAUGAAGGUGAAAAUGGACGAUUACAUUAUUCAAUAAUAAAUGUUGAUGGAAUAAAAAUAGUUGAAUCGGAUAAAUCUUCUAUACCAUUUCGUUUGGAUUCAAGAACGGGUGAACUUCGAUUAGUUACAACACCAACACAUAGUCUCGAUUAUGAAAUAAAAAAAGUUUAUAAAUUAACCAUAUCAGCAACUGAUGGUGGUAUUGGAUCAAUUCCUGCUUUAGCUACCGUUUAUGUUAAUGUUGUUAAUGAAAAUGAUAAUUUACCAGUGAUUACAUUGACAUUUGGUUCAAAUCAAGCUGAUCAUAAUCUAAGUGAAGUGUAUAUUAAUGAAAAUCAGCCAAAUUCAACAUUUAUUGCCUAUGUAUCAAUUAAUUAUCGUGAUCAAACAGUAAUAAAUAAUCAUCUUAAAUGGGAUGUUGUAUCAUCUGAUUUGAAUUCAAAACAUUCAUCAGGAUUUUUUAUUCAAAAACUUACAUCAGCUACGUUUACUCUUUUAACUGAUCAUUCUUAUGAUCGAGAAAAUCAAACAUAUUAUUCUGUUAUUAUACGUGCAAAAGAUGAAUUAAAUAUAGUUGAAAAACAUUUUCAAAUCAUUGUUAAUGAUUUAAAUGAUAAUCCGCCUAUGUUUAAUUCCAGUAUAUUUGACAUUGAUUUAGAUAAAUAUCGUUUAUCUAUAUCAAAAUUAGUUUUUACAUUACGUGCUAUAGAUGCGGAUAUUGGAGAGAAUGGACGAGUGAGUUAUAUGAGAAAAAGUCUAUCAUGGCCAUAUUGGAUUAAUUUAUUUGAUAAUAAUACGGGUAUAGCUUAUUUAACUAUAAAUUGUUCACAAAUGGGAAAUGAUUCAUUAUCAUUUGAUGAUGGAUGGUUUCAUUUGUCAAAUGGAGAAAUAUGGUUAGAAAUUGAAGCUUAUGAUCAUGGUGAAUCUCGACUAUCAUCUACAACUAAAAUACGUCUAUAUCGUUCAAGUGUCGUAGCUCAAUUAGAUAAGACAAAUGAACAACUUGAUGGUACUGUUCGUAGUAUAUUACAUCAACGAUCAUCACAAUUAUUAAAUUGGUUCAAAAAUGACUAUGUUAUUAUAGCAUUUGCCGUUAUUCUAGCCAUUUUACUCUUAUCUAUUAUUUUUUUCGUCUGCUGUUGUAUACGAAUUAAACGUAGUAGACAUAAUAAUAAUGGUGGUACAAUGAACAAAAAUGAUCGAUGGAAGAAAAAAUCAACAUCGUUAAUAACAACAAUCGUUAGAGAUGAUAAUAAUCAUAACAAAAAAAUCAUACAAUCAUCAUCGUCUUCGUCAUCAAACAAUGAUGAACAUAGUUCAUUUGGUAGUCUAUGCUCAGAAAAAUCGGAUAAUGUAACUGUUGAAACAGCAGCUAGUUGUAAUAUGGAUCUGUUUCUAUUUUCACCAUCUCAAAAAUCUUCUAAUAUUGAAAAAUCAACAAUUCGUGAACAAUAUAAUGAAUCAUCAUCAUCAACAAAUGGCAAUGUGACAAAUUAUCAGUUUUGUUUUGUAAAUACUUUGCCAGCAUCUAAUAUUUAUCAACCAACAGACAAUAAAAACAUAUUAGAUCAUCAUUCAUCACCACCAUCGACAUUAUUUAGUGAAAGUUUAAGUAAUAGAUUAUUUAAUUCUAUUCAACAAGAUUUAUCAUUAUUAACAGAAAAUUUUCGUUCAUCGUCAUCACUAUCAAAGGAGAUGGGAAAACAUAAUAAUAAUAAUAUACACAAUCAAGAAUUAGAAACAGUAAGAGACGAAAUUGACUGUUUAUUUGUGAAACGGGGUACCUAUGUGUAA